AUGCCACGGGCCGGAAUCUUCCUCGGCUACGGCCGAACCCUUCGGAGUGGCAACCAAGCUCUAGCCACUCGGCAACCAGAUCGGCGCAAUCAUCUUUUACGCCAUUUAUACAAGCGUCCGGCGCGGCGGCGGCGAGGCGGGGCCGAGGCGGGCGCAGCGUGGGCGGCGGCGGGCCGGGCCGGGGCCGAGGCCGGGGGCGCGCCGUCCCCCGCGCCGGCCUGGGACCCGUCCGCCCUGCGCGAGGACGAGUUCGAGCGCCACGUGGUGUACAUCGUGCCCGACCUGCCCACCGCGCCCGGCUGCCCCACGCGCGCGCAGAGCUCGCUGCCGCGCAACCUCGUGCUCAAGCCCAGCCAGGCGCUCAGCGACCGCUUGGCGUUGAACUUGACCGCGUUCGCGCGCGGCGCCUACGUCAGCCCCGCGCCCGUGCGCAUGGCCGCCGCCGCCGCCAGCCGGCUGGUACUUGGCAACGCCGGUCGUGGACGUCUAGUCGCGUCAACGUGGACCGGCGGGCGCGGGCGCGGUGCCCUUGCAGCAGCCGCCCAGCCAGCUCCGGGCGCCACCUCGCUUUCGCUCGCUGUGGCAACCGCCCCCGCCGCCGCCGCCGCCGCUCCCAGGCGCGGGAUCGAUCCCCGGGCGCACCCGCCGCGGCUCCUGCGCCGCCGCCUCGCCAUCGAGCGCGUCUCCCGUUUCGGGGGAGGGAGGUCGCGACCCCCGGGGAGGCUGGGCGCGGCUUCUGGAACCCCAGCCGCCCGCCCGCCCGCCGCCGCCGCCGCGCGCCCCGCCGUUCGAUUAGCCGUGCUUGGCGGGGCGCGGCGGGGCGCUGCGUACACGUGGGGUGCGCCUCCUCGCACGCCGCCAGUCCAUGACAAGCGCCGCCGCCCGGCCGCGGACGCCGACGCCGACCGCCGCCGCAGCCGCCGCCGCCGCGCGCUCGUCUGGGCCCCCGCGCUUGCCCUCUGCCUGGCCACGCGCCCCUCCCCCGCCGCCUCGCCCCCGCCCGCGCGGGCCCUCCGCCUCCUGUCGCCGCCGCCGCCGCCGUCGCGGGUGCAAGGCGUAUGGAGCACUGGUUACAUUCCUACUGGUACUCGGUUUGGGCCCUUAGUGGGUGAAGUCUAUGCCAAAGACGCAGUACCCAACUCUGCAAAUCGCAAGUACUUUUGGAGGGUGCAAAUCAAAGAAGAACCAAGAACCUGGCCAAAGGUUUAUAAAGAUAAUGAGCUUUUCUACUAUAUGGAUGGAUAUGACACGAGCAAAUCGAAUUGGAUGCGCUAUGUCAAUCCUGCUUAUUCCUCUGAGUCUCAAAAUCUCAUCGCGUGCCAGUACAAGAUGAAUAUUUAUUUCUACACCAUUAAACCUAUUCUGCCCAACCAAGAACUGCUAGUAUGGUACUGCAGAGAGUUUGCCGAAAGGCUAAACUACCCUUUGACUGGAGAGCUCAUGCUCCAAAGGAUAAGGCAGCAGGUUCAGCAGCAGGCGGUAGCGCCCGAGGUAAUGGCGGUGUCUACGUCAACCAGUGACUCUCCGAGCAAGGAGUCAAGCCACCACCUCCACUACGAAUCGAGGACUACACCGACGGACGGCUCCGUGCGUUCCGAUGAAGGGUACCACAGCAAUGGAUACCACGAUGAAUUCACCCCUCCUGAAGACAGUAGUGACUCAGACAGCGAUAACAACUACGUAUUGGAUUUUAGCAUAAAACCCCCAAGAACGAGAGAAGUGCGGUUGUUGUGGAGCAAGCCCCGACGUGCUGAAAAACACGAAUACCGAAGAGUGAAAUCAAAAUCACCACAAGGCCGUCCAUUACAAAACAAGGACGGGCCGAGAGCAGGAGGAGGAGAAGGACCUCCCGCGCAGUCGGUCCCUUCGCUGCCGCCGUCGCUCGCGGAGGCCUGGACCGACCGCCCACCAGCACCACCUCAUCAAGCUGGCUCCCCCCCCGCCCGAGCCCACUUCCCGCUGGUGCCACAUCCGAGAAAGCCCUACUACGAGGCUGAACGUGCGGGCGGACUGGGCCACACAAAGCCCGCCACACCAGCAUCCUGGAGACACAUCCUGCUGCGCAACGCCGGACUCCAACAACAAACAACCCAAAAAGGCGUCGCCCCGCGGCCAGCCACGCCACGCCCCCGCGCCCUCCUCGCCCACCGGAGAUGGCCGUACACCUACAAGAAGUCGCACGCUACGGGCGCCCUGCCGUGCAGCCCCGCUCGAGCUCGGCGGCCGGCCACCCCGCCCCGAGCCCCGCGCCCGCCCCGCGCCCGUCGCCGCCCCGUCUUCCACCCAUCCCCUGCUGGCCAGCCGCCCCCGCCCCCGUUCCCGCCGUGCACCACGCCGCACCUACCCGCCCUACCCCUACGGCCUGUACCGCCCGCCGCCGCCCCGCCCCCUCCUCCACCUCCUCCUAUAUGCCCGCCGCCUGCCUCCGCGCCCGCCCCGCACCACCUGCACCCGGCGCACCACUGCUGGCGCCGCUGGCCCCCGCGCCGCCCCAGCGCCCAGCGGCGCCCCCACGCCCGCCACGCGCUGGUCCGCCCCCCGGCUCGCUGUCCCCCGACGGCGGCCUGGGGGCCCGCAGCUCAGCCCAGUGCAGCCCCGGCGGCGGCGGCGGCGGCGGCGGCGGGCCCGGCCCCGGCGGGCAGUCAGCCCAACCGCGGCUACCGCUCCCUGCCCUACCCGCUCAAGAAGAAGGACGGCAAGAUGCACUACGAGUGCAACGUGUGCUGCAAGACCUUCGGCCAGCUGUCCAACCUCAAGGUGCACCUGCGCACGCACAGCGGCGAGCGCCCGUUCAAGUGCAGCGUGUGCACCAAGAGCUUCACGCAGCUGGCGCACCUGCAGAAGCACCACCUGGUGCACACGGGCGAGAAGCCGCACCAGUGCGACAUCUGCAAGAAGCGCUUCAGCUCCACCUCCAACCUCAAGACGCACCUGCGCCUGCACUCGGGCCAGAAGCCGUACGCCUGCGACCUGUGCCCCGCCAAGUUCACGCAGUUCGUGCACCUCAAGCUGCACAAGCGCCUGCACACCAACGAGCGGCCCUACACCUGCCAGGGCUGCAGCAAGAAAACUCACUGGAAAACAACUAGCUGCCGCCCCAACAACAUUGAAGAGGAACUGGCCCUAGCCGCAGCUGCUGGUUCCCCCCCAGGGUAUUAUGAAUAUCCGAAUCCCGAUGUGAGCAUGGCUUAUAAGAAAGAUGAAGCCCCUGGCAUGACAAAGGAGAUGACUGAAAUAGAUCCUCAUAAUUCAUUUGAUUCACAACAAACACACUGCAUAACGCCAGCAAGUGAGCCUCCUCGUCCAAGCGUGAUAGAAUCAUCGCAGCCACAUGUCAUUGAAUGUACGUAAAUGUGUGGCAAUUUAAUAGAGACUCUCAAAUAAAGCUAAACAACGUCCUAAAAGGCUUAACUGCACAUUGACCAGUGCAAGAGACACUUCAGUUCUUUUGUUCAGUUUGAAAGCCUCUACUAAAUGAUUUUACUCAUUUUGAUUGAUCAACUUUAUUGAAAAAUUCAGUGAAAUAUUUCAUAUUGAUUUUAUGUGAUCACGACUUUAAAAUAAUGAGGAGCUUUACUUUUAGAAAGAUGUUAAUGUAAAGUUUACUAUAAAUGUGUAGAUUUCAUGUUCUACCUAGUGUAAGAUAUUGAAAAGUCUGAACAUUGCAGUAUGUUGAAUAUGACAUUUCUUUUUACUACCCAGAACUUGUUUAUGUGCUAGGUGCUGUUCCAUUGUGUGCUCCCAUACUGUUUUUAUUGUACAUAUUUAUUGUAAACAUAUUCCAUUUAUAUCAGAAUUGUUCCCAGUAUCUUUUACAUAUAAUUGGAACACACACUUUCACAUACAAUUAAUUCAGUGGUUGUUGUUUGUCAUUUCAAUGUCUAAAUCAGAUUCAGAGUGAAACCUCUCUAAUAAUAGAUAAAUAUUCCAAGUAACAAUGGUGUCAAAUGUGUGAUUUUUCUUAUUUGGGCCUAGAAAGUGUUUUGUACUAGCACUUGUACAGUUGUUUACUACCAUAAUUGUAUAAAAAGAUAUUUUCAACUUCACCAGUUUUAUGAAACAUGAAUAUUAUGUGUGUGAGCACAAGAAAGAAUUACUAUAUUUAAAUAAGUAUUUCACUGUGUUCUCAUACAUAUAAAUACAUUUAAUAUUCUCAAUGAUAAAUGCCUUUCCAUUUUUCAAGAAGAUGUUUCCAGUGAGUUUAUAUAAUUAUGGUAUCUCAAAGUACAAGUUGUAGAUCACGCAAUGUGACUUGCAUAUGCUAAUUAGAAGCUUUCAUAAAAACUUAAAGCAUGAUAAACUUUGAAAAUUUUAACUGAAAUACAUUUUUAAGAGAGUAUUCAUGACUGAUAUUUUCUUUUGAUAAUAUCACUUAAUAUGAUAUUGAUAUUGAUAUUAGGUGUGCUUAUAAUAAUAUUUAUUGUAUAAGACCACUUCUAAGUCUUUGGUACAAUAUUACAUUAUACUACUAGAUUAGAACAUCAUGAUGAAAGCGCAAUACCAUACUGGAGCUGAUCUGUGGAUACUUGAUAGUUUUGAUGCCUAUCUGGAUCAUUAUUGUAACUGGUUAGGAUUAAUCCAUUUUGUGGCUAAUUUAUUGUGGAAUAGAUGUGCAGUGUCUCCUUUUUGAAUAACAAAGUAUAACUACAUGAGGUUUCACUUUAUUUACAUAAAAAUUGUGCUCACUAUUCAUUCCACAUUUCUACAAAGACUUGUGGAACAAAAUGUUAUUGUUGCACCACCAAUAUCUAUUGUGUAUUGUUGUUCCUUUUUUAAAUGAUGUGAGUCAUUGUUAAAGGAAUUGUAAGUAUUACUACAUAGUUGUGACUCAAUGUUUUGAAGUUCAGUUGUGUAAAUGGACCAAGAAUGUUUAAAUGGUGAAUACUAGUAUUUAAAGUUGGGUGUAUAAAAGCAUAAGUUAUUGAUUACACAGUUUCAGUUUGUUGUUAGGACAAGAACCCACCGAACAUCAGAUAUUUAAAAGAUUGAUUUAAAUUCAGGAAUGUUGAUUUAUAAAAUACUGCAUUUGAGUUUCACAAUAAUUUUACUGAACAUACGUGGGAGUACAGAGAAAAUGAAAGAUUCUUAUUGGAAACCUAAUAUGAAUAAUUUAAUGAAGAAAAAUUUCUAAUAUAAGAUUAUAUAUUCAAAAUUUUCUACAUUGUCUUGAAGUAAUUAGAUCCAGUGGAAUUUACAAGACCUAAAUGGCAAUUGGUAUGUGGUAUGAAUUUCAGAAACGGCAAGGAUGAUAUGUUUUAUAAUUUAUGGACAGAAUAGUUCUUCGAAAUACAACUAGGUUUUCCGCAGAAAAAUUCUGGAAUCAUAGUUUGUACUACUGUUCUAUAACAAUAGAUUAUCACAUUUAUAAUCUUAUAAUGAGUUUUUGGAGUCAUAUUUAUGGAAUGUAUUUGGGGUCUAUCUUUGAAGAUAUUUUAAUUCACAUAUAAUAAAAGAUAUUUUGUGAUAUCAGUAAUAUGAAUGGCUCAUUAAAUCUAUUUUAUAAAAGUAUGUAAACAUCUUAGAGACCCUUGCGGCUGAGUAUAAACUCAUUAAAGAAGAAUUUUGUAGUUCUUAAAAUAAUAUUUAAAAUUUUCCACACAUUUUGUUACAUCAUUUUUUACAAAGAGUAAAACCAAUUCAACAAAAGAAAAUUAUUUUGAAACAAGUUAGAUUGAAUAAGAAUUGAUGAAUUGAAAGUAGCCUUAAAUUUUAUUAAAACUGUAAAUAUACCUGUCUUCUUGCCAAAUGAAUGAUAUACCACAAAUCUAGUUCUCUUAGGUUUGAUUUCUGUUUACUUGUCCAUUCUUUUUUGAAGGCAUAAUUUAUUUAAUUUUAUUAUACAUAUUUCUGAUUUUCUUCUUUCAGUACUACAGAAAUCAUUUCUCUGGAUUUUGAUGCAUUUUAUUUUUAAAUGUAUCUCAUAGAUUAUUUAUUGUAAUAGAAUUAUGUUAUUAUUCCUAAUUCACACAAGUUGAAAUGAAUUGGAAUAUAUCAAGGCCAUUUGUAAAGGGAACAAAGCCUAACUUGAGUAUGUACCAUGUACAUUUUCUGUUUGUUGAUUGCAGCAUACAGAAAUAAAAGCAUUCUAAUUUGUGCAAUGACAUGUUCCUAAACUUCUUAAGAAUAUGAUCUCAUUUAAAUUGUUUAGGAAAAGAAAAAACAAAAUUUGAAAUUCAAUUGUUUGUUUAUUUUAGUAAUCAGAAAGAGUUACACAUAAUUGGUGAAAUCAAAUGGUGCAUCAGAAAACUUCAAAAAUUGGUAGAAACAGAAAAGUCAUUUUAAAACUACAGAGUAACCAAAAAAUUGUAAAUUUUGUUUUUGAAAUAUUUUUAAUUCCACAAUUUGCACCACAUUUGAUUAAAAAAAAUCUAAAUGCCACAGUUUUGUAUUUGGCCAAAUAUUAGAUUAAAGACAUUGUGCCUUGAAGAAAGUAUUUUCUUUUGAACAUUUCUGUCAAUAUGAGCUUAUUGUUAUUGAAAUAAUGUGAAUGAAAAAGUGUUAGUGAAAAGAAAAGGAAUAAUCCUUAUUUUAAACAAAUUUGUACCUUAUGUUCAUUUUCAUGUGUAUGAUUGUAAAUAUUUUCAUUUUAAGAGAUAUUCAUUGUUUAAUAUAAUUCACACAUCACAGAGUUAUUUAUUGUAGUUUGUAGGAAUUUCUUUUUGCUCCUAAGGAAAGUAUCACCCUGUUUCAUGGUAAAUGAAUGAACUGCUUCUAUUGUGUUAUUUAUUGUUGUUUGCUGUGGAUGUUUGUACAUGAAUUUUCAUUUUCAUAAAAUAAAUAGAGCUAUACUUUUGUUACAUUUUAGAAGUCUGGCAAAGUGGGCGAGAGAGAGAGAGCAAGAGCAAUUAUUCCUACUGUUUGAUACACAUUUCUAUAAUGUUAUUGCCAUUUCUUACCAUCCAUUACUAUGUUGAAGGUACUAGAAAAAGUACAUUCUGUAAUCAUUGGGUAAUGUUGGACAAUUUGCUCAAUAUUACUUGUAUAUAUUACAAUGUGAAUAUCAUAGUCACUUAAGAAAUAAAAUUGUACUUCAUUUUUCAUUAAAUUUGUACAACAUUGGUAAUUGAAAGUUUUCUUAAAGACUUUAAAUAAAAAAUAUUUACCAUUUAAAUACAUAGAUAUAUUUAUGCAUUUUUUGGAAGUCAGACUUGUAAAAUGUAGAAUGAGAUUGGCGUAUUAUAUUCACACCCUAUCAUCAUUUCAGUGUUUUGAUUACAUGUGGUAGUUAUUUAUUUUGUUAAUUUUAUGGAUAGGUGGCACCACCUAACUCUGUAAAUGUGCAGAGUCCCAUGACUGAAAGCCAUAAUAUUUAAUUUCCCAAGAAAAAUAAAACUGUUUCUAAU